AUGGCGCCUCCAUUCCGGGCGCGGGCCUGCUGGGCCCCGGCCAGGUCGGCCGCCGAGGCUGCGGACGAACUCCGACUGCGCCUCGCGGAGGCGCGCGACGCGCUCGAGGAGCAGCGGCGCGAGCACGCGCGUCUACGCAAGGUGAAACGCGCCUUCGAGGCGAACCUCGAGCUGCGCACGCGGGAACUCGAGCUCGUCGUGAACGAUCUGAACAGGUGCCGCCGCGGCGCGAUCGCGCGCACCUCCGCCGCUGCCCCCCCAGCUCAAAUGGGGGGCUCCGCAGAAAAUCGGCGCGUCGCCGUCGAGGCGCUGGCCGGCGCGCACGGCCGGGUCGCGGCGGUCGAGCGACGGCUCCGUCGGCAAGCGACCGCGCGCGUGGGACUCGAAGGCACGCUCCGUGACGCGGACGUCGCCGCCGAGACCGCUCGCGUCGAGCGCGCGUACGCCGAGGCGGCACGCCUGCUCCGGUUCGCCUGCGGCAGCGCGUCACCACCGGCGUCAGGCGCCGCUUCGUCGGGGCGGCGCGCGCAGGCGAAGUUGCCGCCUCGCGCACGGGACGCUCGCGUCGAGGCGGCGUAUGGCGGCAGAGGCAUGCCCGCUCGACCUGUCUCUGCGGCUCGGCGGCGGCGCGACGACAACGCGCAGCGAAGCGACUGUGCCUUGGCGGGCGACGCUGCGCGCGAAGCCGCGCGUCUUGUCUCGCUCCGAGACGCCAAGAAGAAGAAAAAAGACGAGCGUGUCCGCGCGAAACGCACGCGCGCGGCGGAGGCCAAGAAGCGGCGACUCGACGCAGAGUUUCGACGAGCGCGCGCCGGCAUCGGACGCGACGAUCAAGACGAGGCGACUGGCAGUCGGCGGCCGACGCGCGUGGCUGUGGCCGAGGACCUCCGGCCCCAAGGCGGCCAGACGGCGAGCCCAGCGGUGUCUGUGCAACCGGAGGCCGUCGCCGAGAUUCCGCCGUUUAAUGCGUCGCGACCGGAGGCCAUCGCCGCAACGCCACCGUUUAAUGCAAAGCCGUCGCGGUCAGAGGCCGUCGCCGAGAUUCCUCCGUUUAAUGCGUUGCGACCGAGGGCUAUUGCCGAGAUUCCUCCGUUUAAUGCAAAGCCAUCGCGAUCAGAGGCCAUCGCCGAGAUUCCUCCGUUUAACGCAAAGCCGUCGCGAUCAGAGGCCAUCGCCGAGAUUCCGCCGUUUAAUGCAAAGCCGUCGCGAUCAGAGGCCAUCGCCGAGAUUCCUCCGUUUAAUGCGUCGCGACCGGAUGCCAUCGCCGAGAUUCCUCCGUUUAACGCAAAGCCGUCGCGGUCAGAGGCCAUCGCCGAGAUUCCGCCGUUUAACGCAAAACCGUCGCGGUCAGAGGAUAUCGCCGCCACAGAACUAGCCAAGUCCAAUGCUAUCGCUGCAAAAGAGGCAGAGAAAUUGGCCCGCAUCGCUGCCGAGCGGGCAGAGGUCGAGCGCAACGCUGCCGAGCAGGCCGAGCGCGCCGCUGCCGAAGGGGCCCGGCUUGAGGCUGGGCGUUUAGAAGCAGACCGGCGGGAGGCGAAGAGACUCGAAACGGAGCAUCUGGAAGCCAAGCGCGUCGAAGCGGAACACGUAGCUGCGGCGAAAGAAGGGGCGAAGCGGCUCGCCGAGGCCAAAGCUCGCGAAGCCGCCGCACGGCACGUUGCCAACGAAACCAAGCGUUUGGAGACCGAACGACUCGCCACCGAGGAGGCAACCCGUCUCGAAGCUGAACGAUUGGAAGCUGAACGCGCCGAGGCAGAGCGAAGAGCGGCCGAGGAACGCCGCGUCGCCAAGGCUGAGGCAGAGCGCACCGAGGCGGAACGCGCCGCUGGCGCCGAGACCGAGGAGGCUGAAAAUGAAGCGGAGGCCGCCCAUAUUGUCGCGGAAAAUCUGAAGGAAGAACGAGCCGUUGACGAGGCAAGUUGGGGGGCGACGACCGACGGCGACGACGACGACGACGAGCAGGAUUCGGAGCCUUCGGAAGCGGACACAAACAACGACGACGAUGGCGCGUGGGAGUGAUCACGAUCGUCCCGC